CAUCCACACAACUUCCUUUCCGAUUGGAAGUCUCCUAGUGGCGUUCAUAACGUUAAUCGUAAGUCAACCAUAACGUUAAGAUGUCAGGAGGUCUGGACGUAUUGUCCCUCAAAGAGGAUGAUGUUACUAAAAUGUUAGCUGCAUUCACUCACUUGGGUGCAGAAAAUGUCAACUUCCAGAUGGAACAAUAUGUUUACAAGAAAAAGAGCGAUGGAGUCAGCAUUAUUAAUCUUCGUCACACUUGGGAGAAACUGCUGUUGGCAGCACGUGCCAUUGUCGCUAUUGAGCAUCCUAGUGAAGUAUUUGUCAUCAGUUGCCGCCAAACUGGCCAAAGAGCUGUUCUCAAAUUUGCACAGCAUACUGGAGCUACACCAAUUGCUGGUCGUUUUACUCCUGGUGCCUUCACUAAUCAGAUCCAGUCUGCUUUCCGUGAACCACGUCUACUGAUCGUUACUGAUCCAAAUGGCAUUCCUUGCAACACGAAGAGUCUUCACUGUGUUGGUCUCAUGUGGUGGUUGCUGGCCAGAGAAGUCCUCAGACUAAGGGGCUCUAUCGCUCGCGAAAGUAAAUGGGACGUCGUCGUUGAUUUGUUCUUCUACAGAGAUCCGGAAGAGGCUGAGAAAGAAGAACAGGCAGCCAAGGAAGUUGCUCCAGCCAAAGAGUUUACAGGACCUGUCGAAGUUCCAACCACCACAGAACCCGGUUGGGUCAAUGAUGUUGAAACUACAGCUCCGGUCACAACUGAAAACUGGGCCGACGAUGUUGCCCCGCCGGCGGCAGCCGCUAUUCCACCUGCAGGUGCUGCUCCAGCUUUCCAGGCAACCGGAGAUUGGGCUGCACAGCCUUCCGAAGAGUGGACCACCCCUGCGCAAUCUACUACGACCCAGAGCUGGGGAGGUGCCACAACUGAAAAGUGGUAAUUUUAUCUUCUUUGAGAAUUUCAUACACUGACACACUUUGUACAGUGAAUUGUAAUAAAGUGACUGAAAAUCCAUA